AUGUACCCUUAAUAGUCUUCUUUAGCAAGAUUGCACAGAGAAUAUCGUCUGAUACCAGUCGGGAUAUAUUCUCCACAAAAGGAGAACCUGCAGAGAUUACUGCCUCGAUAUCCUGAGAGUGUUGAUGUAGCAUCAAAUAGUAGUAAGUUUUAAGGGAAUGCAUCAUUGCCUGCUUUGCCUCCUAUCAAAAAGUUGAGCAGGGUUGAGUAGACAGUCUAGAUUUACAAGGGGAAAGCGAACAAAUUGCCCUCUCUUCAAUUAAGUGAUCAACAUAUACAAAGGAAAAAAUAAAUAUCGGAGACUGAUGGGAUGAGAAAAUCAAUCACGCCAGAGAGGAGACAAGGAAAAAGAAAUUCAGUUUAAUUUGCAACGAGAACUAAGGCUGGAUGUUAACCAAACAAGGCAACAAAAAUUAAUUAAGAUGCAACUAUUUUGAGUCCAAAGAACUUAGAAAAGUUUAAAAAUGUUCUUAUUUCUAGUAUGGGUUAUAAGUUCUUUGCCGUUUGUGAUGGACAUGGCUAAUAUGGACACAUGGUUUCCAAUUAAAUCAGAUAACAAUUGCCCAAACAUCUUGGAAGACUAUUGAAAGAAACAGGCGAUUUAGAAAUCCAAAUUUCGAAGGCAUUCGCAAUUACAAACAAAGAAUUGUGUAAUUCAGAAAUUGAUACUAACCUGUCUGGAUCUACAACAGUCUCUUUGCUAAUCGCAAAAGAUAUCGUAAUAUUAUUUAAUUGAAAUAGAUCUACUCUGCAAAUGUUGGCGAUUCUAGAGCCAUCAUGUGUAGGUUUGAUGAUGGAUGGAAGGUCGUGGAAUUAAGUCGAGAUCAUAAACCAGAUGAUCCACAAGAAAAAAUUAGGAUUUUGGAUGCAGGUGGAAGAGUUGAACAAUAAAAGGGUGUGAAUCUAUUGUUCUAUAUGUAGAUUUCCAUGGAAAUGGAAUAGGACCAUUCAGAGUUUGGUUGUCUUAUAUCCAAGCUCCUGGGUUGGCAAUGACCAGGUCUUUUGGAGACAAAGUUGGUGCUUAAGCUGGUGUUAUUGCUGAACCUGAAAUCAAAAAAUUCUCUAUUAGUGCACAGGAUCAAUUCAUUGUCAUUGCAUCGGAUGGAGUGUGGGAGUAUAUGAGUAAUGAAGAGGUACAUUCGCAAUCAAUUAGGUGAUGAGUACUGUGAUCCCAUUUUUGGAAAAGGACAACCCUGACCAAGCAGCCGAACGUAUUAUAAUUGAAGCCACGUAGGCAUGGAGAAGAGUAUUUGUAUUAUACUUAUUUGAAGAACAGUUUAGCAAGGGACGACAUUACUUGUAUAGUUAUAUUCUUAUAAAAAUGA